CUUUUUUUUCCCUCCCCUACAUUUAAUGGAUCCAUAUAUUCUCAAGUCGGGCUGUUGCUCCUGACCGCCAGUGCCCGUCGAUACGUUUCCUCUUGUUCAUUUUUUGUUUGGAUAUAUGUCCUUGUCUGACUGCUGUUUUCAUCCUGAUGAAAACUGGAAUGUACAAGAACCACACAAAAGUCACCAACAACUGCAAUAAAAGUCUCCUUAAUGAUCAAAAGGAAAAGCUCAUCCAGGCUAUUAAAAGAAUCAAGCAUGAGUUAGAUGAAUGCAGAGAAGCAGAAAGGGAAACGUACAUAGACUCGUUUGAAGUCGAGAGCAGGUUUGAUGUCUUGGAACGAGAAAUCAGAGCUGAGUUUGAGAACCUCCAUCGCUUCCUGGAAGAAGAGGAGUAUAAGGAUCUGGAGCGGCUGAGGAGGGAAAGACAGAAGCAACUGAAGCAACUAAAGGAGAGGGAGAAGAAGAUAGGAGCCCAAGGAAGAGAUCUGGAGAGAGGAAUCACGGUGCUCAACGGCAAACUAGCCGAGGAGGAUAGUCCCAAGCUGCUCAAAGAAAUUCAAGAUCUCAUAAAAAGGUCUCAGGUCAGCUUUAUUCCGCCAGCGGAGGUGGAGACGGAGGUUCGCUCUGCUCCGUUUAUUGGCCCCAUCCAGUACAGAAUAUGGAAGCAUAUGAAAGGCGCCCUCUACCCAAAUAUCACAUCGGUGACUUUUGACCCUGAGACAGCCCACCCUAAUCUGUCCAUAUCCCAGUCCGGCAAUUCAGUUUGGUUUGACGAUCAUAAAGACACUUCAGAGAUCCAGGCCAACCCCCGUCGCUUUCAUUUUUACUACUGCCUAUUGGGCAAGCAGAGCUUCACCACUGGCCGACACUACUGGGAGGUGGAGGUCGGCCGCAAGACGGCGUGGAGGUUGGGUGUCGCCAGAGAGGAUGUUCCCAGAGGCGAGAUGACUUCUUCAGGCACCUCCGAUGGGCUCUGGACAAUGGCCCUGAAAGGAGGCUCUAUCCUGGCCUGCACCGAACCGAAGCCCACUAAAGUCAACGUGUCCCUUCAUCUUGCCCGAAUCGGGGUGUUCUUAGACUGUGAGAAGGAGGAGGUGGCUUUCUAUAACGCUGUUACCAUGACACCCAUUUUCACCUUCUCCAUGGGAACCGUCGUGACUCCCUUGCUCCCCUUUUAUAACCCAUGUGACACCGACGACGGAAAUAACACAGCACCACUGAAGAUCUUUAACCCCUCACUAUAAGAUGCUGCUCUCACCGGCAGAACGCUGCCAAUCGAUGAAUAAUUGAUAUCCUAUACAAACUGUACAAGAGCAAUAAUUUACACCUACUGCUUGAGUGAUUUUCCUAGCAAGUGCACCAAACAUUUACUGGUUCCAACCUCUCGGGCUGAGUCAUUCUCGGUUUCACUUUCACUUAUAUGAAAUUUAAUUAAAUAGCGUUGGCAUUAGGGCUGUUGGUCUCAACAACACAAGGCAGUUAAAACAUUAGGAAUCAUUUAUUGGUGACAGACUGAUCAAUAAG